GCCCCUCACAUACUGUCAGUCCUCGCUGGAGAGACCAGCUAGGACCGCAUGGCACUGUGGACUGCCCUUUCCUUGUCCCUCAUACUGGCUGUGGAUUGCUGGCAUGAUCUGGACAAUACAGAAUAUGACUGUUGGCCAAUUUUACAGCCAAAUGAUUAUAAUAUGAUCGAUUGUGGGGGAUUGGAGAUGGGUUGGAUCCAGCGUCCUCCUGAAAAAGUCAGCAAUGGAGAAGAGUUUAACGUCACUUAUUCAGUCACUGCUACGGAUUCCUUCUAUGAGUAUGCAGUCGAAAACAAGAUUUUCAAGUUCAGCAAUUCUUCAGAGGCCAAGAGGUUCUGUAAUGAGCAGGAGUGUCCUGCAAACUGGAACAGUGCCAAUGAGCACAACUGCUGUGUGUACCACGCCAACAUCCACUCCUGCCCUCUUGCUCUGAUGAAACAAGGGGGAAUCUGUGGCCCUUGGAUCCCUGAUGAUGGAAAAAUUGUGACGCAUACUGUUUCCAAGGCAGGCAAGAUGAGCCAGCAGUUCUGGACAUCAAAGGUGGUCUUGGUCCAUGUAGGAGUAACCUCUGUGAUUGCUCAUAUCAAAGUGGGGCAGAUGCAUGCAGCACUGGAGUCCAAGGUCCUGGUCGUAAGUGCUCAAGUGUGCGGGGAUGAAAUUUGUGAGCCGGAGGAAAGCUGUCUCACCUGCCCAGCAGACUGUGGGGUCUGUCCGAUGGCAGUUGGCAUUAAAGUUGCCAUUGGACUACCCGUGGCCCUGUUCUGCAGUGGAUUCAUCUUAACCAUGGUGUGGUUUCAAUACCAGAAACAGAAGAUGUUUUGGGAUGAGAGCUGGAUCAUAAACUACAAAAACAUCAUGUUUGGUAAAGUGUGCUAUAUGGGCUUCUGUAGCACAACCAGCCUUCAGCUUGUGAAGAGCCUCUCCAGUUUGAGCAGAACCACCGAUGUCACUGUGUGUACUGUGGCCAACACCACCUUCAAACAUGGCUUCAUCCAGCCGGGCAUUUAUGAUGGAAGACCUGUAGCAGUUAAACAUGUAAGGAAGAAACACUUCACACUGACCAAAACUAUCAGGAAGGAGGUCAAAGAAGUGCGGGAGCUUGAUCACCCUAACCUGUGUAAAUUCAUCGGUGGAUCCAUUGACGUUCCCUACAUCACCAUCAUAACAGAGUAUUGUCCCAAGGGCAGCCUGGCUGAUGUUCUUUUGAACAAAGAUGUUCCAAUAAACUGGGGGUUUCGGUUGUCCUUUGCUACUGACAUUGCCCGUGGGAUGGCAUACCUCCACCAGCACAAGAUGUUUCAUGGAAGACUUCACUCUAGAAAUUGUAUCAUUGAUGAUCGCUGGGUCUGCAAGAUUUCAGACUAUGGACUUUGCGCUUACAGAAAGGAAGACUUUGAGGCUGUCAGUAAUGGUUUCCCCUGUGAAAAUAUCUACCGAAUUUACUAUGCCCCUGAGGUUCUCCUGGGCACUUGCUCCAAUACCACUCCAGGUGCUGAUAUAUACAGUUACUCUGUUAUCUUGGUGGAGAUUGCUACUCGCUGUGACCUUAUUUCCGGGCAGAUGGAGACAGCAAAGUUAGAUGUAAUGUGGCGGCCUUCCCUCCCCGAACUGAAAACAGGGAAAUCAGACAGUGACUGCCCAAAUCAGGCAGAUUACUGCGAGCUGAUCAAGAAAUGCUGGUGCCACAAUGUCGCAAUGAGGCCUACCUUUGAACAAGUGAAGAAGAUGCUGGAUAAAAUGAACCCUCAUAAAGUCAGCCCUGUGGACAUGAUGAUGAACCUGAUGGAAAAGUAUAGCAAACAUUUAGAGGCCAUUGUGGCUGAGAGAACUCAAGAUCUACUCCAAGAAAAACAGAAAACAGACCGCUUGCUUUACAGUAUGUUACCGAAGCCUGUGGCCGACGACCUUCGUCAGGGGAGGACAGCAGAGGCUCAGAGCUACUCUAACGCGACAGUCUAUUUCAGUGACAUUGUGGGCUUCACACAGCUCUCAGGAUCAAGCACCCCCCACCAGGUGGUGGAUUUUCUUAAUAAGCUCUACACCACGUUUGAUGACAUUAUUGACAAUUAUGAUGUAUACAAGGUGGAGACCAUAGGAGAUGCUUAUAUGGUUGUCUCUGGCGUUCCAAAUGAAAAUGGCAUUAACCAUGCAGGUGAAAUAGCCAGUAUGGCUUUGGACCUGAUUAAUGUUUGCCACAGCUUUAAAAUCCCGCACAAGCCCACCACGCAAUUGAAGAUCCGAGCUGGUAUCCACACAGGCCCUGUGGUUGCUGGCGUUGUUGGGACCAAAAUGCCACGGUAUUGUUUAUUUGGCGAUACAGUGAAUACAGCAUCCAGAAUGGAAUCAACAAGUGAAGCAUUAAAGAUCCAGUGCAGUGGUACCACUGCAGACAUGCUACACACUUUGGGAGGAUACCGUCUGACAUGUCGCGGGUCACUGAAUGUAAAGGGAAAAGGUGAAAUGACGACUUGGUGGCUGGAAGCCAAGAGGGGACCCUGUGAUCUACUGGGCAAAAGAAAUGACUCUCAUGGAGGUCCUGUACCUGUCAGUAACUAGCCUCUGAGUGCGCUACUGCUAUCAUCAACAUAUGUGAUGGAGUCGGAUUUGAAUAGGAAACUUAAUUGACAAAGAGCUGAAUUUACAUUUCUGUCUGAGCAGGGUACUGAGGAGAUUAUACUAUAUUCAAUUUACAUUCUUGGUAAAUGUGAGAUGUAAUUUACUCUAGUUAAAAAAGGCAAUGCCAUUCUCAUGAUAACAACUGUAGUGACUAAGCAUACAUUUUGGUAUUUUUGCAAAGUUAUAUUCCAAAGAUUAUUUGAAAUGCAGUAUAUGGUGUCCUUAAGAGUCUAACAUUAAUUUUAAAUGUAAUAUAUGAAAUAAGGAAGCAGUUCUACUGGUAUUUGACAGUGUAUUAAUUAAUGCAUUUCCACAUGUAGAAUUGUUCACCUGUUAGUACAAAAAAAUCAUGCUAUUGUUUUAGCUGUUCCUUAGUCAUGUGUGCACAUCUGCUGAAAAUAAUGGCCUGUAUUUUGACUUGAAAGUACUUGGUGAAAUGUGUGUGAUCACGUGGUGAUUUUUUUCAUCCAUGUCUUCAUAAUUGGAGAAAGUGAGUGCACUGAUAAAGACUAAUUUACCAUGUCUACACACACUGUUCUAUGAUAUCUGAGAAUAUAUACAGUGAUUGAUAGCUGGGAUUGAGGCAACAAAGUAUGCUUCACAGUUAUAUUCAAACAGACUUGACCAUUAUUAUACAUGUCGGUGCCAGUGGAUUGAACUUUGAACUUUUAUUGUCAUUUUUAGUUUAUGCAGUCUCUUUCUAUGCGAUCAUGUGUACAGUAAAAUACAUUGUUCCAUGGUUCUAAACAUUUCCCAAUGAAGAAUUAAACUAAAUCUGUGUUACACCAUUUAACUGCCAGGUACAUCAAUUUCUUAAUAAAA